GCAGUCGCGGGGAGAGACCCCUGCACGCCCCGGCCAUGGACGAGUUCCGACGCUCGUACACCCGGCUGUGCCAGGACAGUGGCGCCGAGCCCCAGGAGAGCGUCCUGCAGCGGCUGCACGAGCUGCCCGCGGGCCGGUUGGACCUGGCCACCCUGAGCCUGACGGUAGACACGUGCAGGGCUCUGGGCAGGCUGCUGCAGAGCGAGGCACUGCUGGAGGAACUGGUGCUUAGCGACUGCAUGCUCAGCGAGGAAGGGUCCACACUGCUGCUCCAGGGCCUCUGCUCCAACUCUGCCUUGCGAGUUCUGGACCUUAAGGGCAACAACCUUCAGGCCGUGGGCGCUGAGGCCCUGGGCAAGCUCCUCCGGCAGAACAAGUCCAUUCGGAGCCUCACCCUGGAGUGGAACAACCUGGGUGCGUGGGGAGACGCCUUCACCACCUUCUGCGGGGCCCUGGCCUCCAACAGCGUCCUGCAGCAGCUGGACCUCCGCAACAACCAGAUUGGGCCGCCCGGCGCCGAGGCCCUGGCCCUGGCCCUGAAGAGGAAUGCCAGUCUGCAGCAGCUGGACCUGCGCUGGAAUAACAUCGGCCUCCUGGGGGGGCGAGCCCUGGUGGAUUGUCUCCCCAGCAACAGGACCCUGUGGAGACUGGAGCUGGCGGGGAACAGCAUCCCCAGCGACGUGCUCAGAGCCGUGGAGCAAGCCAUGGACCACAACCAGGACCGGCUGGCCACGCAGCGGGAGAGCCGCGCCCGCGCCCAGGUGCUCAGCAAGGAAGUGCGACUGCUGCAAGAGGAGAAGUCCAAGCAGUUCCUGAACUUGAUGCAGAGGAUUGAGAAGCAGCAGGAAGAGCUGAGCCGGAGCGGCAGGGUGUCGGCCACCCGGGUCGGGCAGCUCCAGGAAGCCUUGGAGGAGCGGCAUUCCGUCAUCAACGCCCUGAAGGCCAAGCUGCAGAUGACCGAAGCCGCCCUGGUGCUGUCAGAGCAGAAGGUGCAGAAGCUGGAGGCGCUCGUGGCCGCGGCCGAGCAGGAGCAGCAGAGCCAGGCGCAGCGGCAGGCGAGGGAGCAGAGGCUGCAGCAGCAGGAAGCUGCGGAGCGGGAGGCCAAGCUUCUGAAAGACCUGGCUGAGGCCAACGAGCAGAACCUCCGGCUGCGCGACCAGGUGGACGCGCUGGAGCGCAAGGCCAAAGCCCAGCAGGAGCAGCUGUUCCUUGCGCGGCAGGAACUAACCGACCGGACGGCAGAGCUGAAGAUCCGGGCCGUGCAGGCCGCGGAGCGCCUGGAGUUGGAGAGGAAGCGGUCCCGCCAGAAUCUGGAGGACUCCGCGCGGCUGCACUCUCAGGAGGUACAGCACAUGACGCGCCACCUGGAGGAGAGUGAACGGGCACUGCAGGGCCGGGUACAGAGGCUGGAGGCGGCGCGGCUGGCCCUGGAGGAGGAGCUGAGCCGAGCCAAGACGGCGGUGCUGUGUGAGCGCAACCAGGCAGAGGAGGAACUCGCUAAGGCCAGGAGCCAGGCGCGCCUGGAGGAGCAGCAGCACCGGGCACACCUGGAGGAGAAGCUGCGGCUGCUGGCGCAGGCGCGGGAUGAGGCCCAGAGCACCUGCCUGCAGCAGCAGCAGAAGGUGAGCCAGGCCCAGGCCCAGGCUGCACAGCUGGACCUGCAGGUGGAGGGCCUGCGGCGGCGUCUGGAUGAGCUGCAGCAGGAGCUGCGUGACAAGGACCAAGAGAAGGUGGCUGAGGUGACCAGGGUGCGGGUGGAGAUGGAGGAGCAGAAUGGCCACUUGCGGGCUGAGCUCACCGCCCAGGAGGCACUGAGAGAGAAGGUGGCAGCCCUGGAGCGCCAGCUGAAAGCGAGCGCUAGUGACCACCGGGAGGCGCUGCUGGACCGGGAGAGCGAGAACGCGUCCCUGCGAGAGAAGCUGCGCCUAAAGGAAGCGGCGCUGGCCCGGGUCCGGGAGGAGGAGGCGCAGCGGGCCAGCUUCCUGCAGAACGCCGUGCUGGCCUACGUGCAGGGCGCCCCGCUCCGGGCGCUGAGCCCCCAGAAGUGAGGGCCGGCGCCCCCCCCCCCGGAACUCGCCGACCGGACUGC